CACAGCCCUUUCCACCGUGACACGAUGGCAGGACCGCCAUCAUCCAUCCCAAUGACCACCACCACAACCAUACACCCAAGCCCGAUAGGCACAACCGCCCUUCGUUCAUUCAUCACCCGUCUCUCCUCCUCUCUACGCCAAUCCUUGUCCCAAAACCGCCCAUGGACAGAACUCAUAGACCGCACCUCCAUCUCACGCCCCGAUUCUUUCUCCGAUGCCACAACCCGCAUUCGCAAAAACUUCUCAUAUUUUCGUGCCAAUUACACAACCAUUCUUGGCAUUAUAAUUUCCAUAUCUCUCCUCACACACCCCAUUUCUCUCCUCACCCUUUUUGUCCUUUUGGCUGCAUGGAUCUUUCUUUACCUUUUUCGACCCACGGAUUACCCUGUCAUUCUCUUUGGGCGUACGUUUUCUGACCGUGAAACCCUCGUGUUGUUGGUCCUUUCAACUGUUAUUGUUGUGUUUUUAACAAAUGUUGGAUCACUCAUUAUCUCGGCUCUUUUGGUUGGUUUAGUGAUUCUUUGUGUACAUGGGGCAUUUAAGGUUCCUGAAGAUUUGUUUUUGGAUGAUCAAGAACCGGUUAAUGUUGGUUUCCUUUCGUUCCUUGGUGGCGCCACGUCUUCUGCUGUGGCCGCCGCUGCUCCUGCUGUCCCACGCGUUUGA